UCAAAUACUUACAGUGCCUCUUAGUUCUUUAAAAUGUGUCUGUAAACCCUGAGGACUGGGAUGUUGACUUUGCGUUUCCAAUUUUAGCCUAGCUUUGUUUUAAUGAGAACGAACGAAGCUGAUGAGGAGAUUGUAACCUUACCGAGAAAGAUAAUUCUAGUCAGUGUUUGAAAAUUUUAACGCAGAUCACAAUUGGAGACGACAAUGAACUGGCAGAAAUUCAAGAGGUUUUCCCAAAAGACUUUAACGAGCGAAUACUUCGACAAUGACAACAAACUUACCUUGAAAAGCUUCUUUGCCUUUUGCAGUGUUUUUUUUACACGGACCAACGGAGGAAAGAUGGAAACGACUUCGACACAGACACAGUGUCCGGUUUCCAAAAUAUUCCAGAGCUAAAAAAAGAGGUAAAACUUACAGUGCUCUCAGUUUUGACCGAAUAAACUUUUUCAACAUGGCGAAUUUGUUUUCACUUUCUCAGCCUUGUCAUGUGCUAUUGUUUUCGUGAGCCAAUAAAAACUUUCUUUUUUGACGCCUGUCAAAUGACUGUCAAAUCGCGCGUCCUGCACUUGUUUCCGGUCCCCUAAACUGGACGAAGCCAUAUAAUAAACAUCUUACUAGCCUCGUUUUUUCGGUCCGUACUGUAAAUUACGGAUCCUUGUUUUUUUUCCAUCGAUUUAUGGCCCGCGCCCUUCGAUGGAAAAAAACUCGGUCCGUAAUUUACAGUACGGACCGAAAACUCGGCUAAUAAGAGUUAUUAGAAGACGUGUUAAAUGAUAACCCGGGCAAUCUAAUCAGUGAAAUAUUUCCAAGUUGGAAUCCCAAUACUUUGAUUUGAAAAUAAACGAUCAAUUAAUGCUUUUUAAAUUCUCAAUCAAAGUUUUUCUUUCAGUUCUUUUUUUUUUUUCUUUUUCAACAUAAUGAGUGGUGUGAGUGUAAUUAUGUAAUUCAUCACGACAAUAAGAAUGAAAUAAUCAGCGUUACGUUCACUGACUUCCGGCAAGUCCUGGUACUCACAAGGCUUCAGGAGCUAAUUCAGAAGUGACUUCAUCAACAUACUAGCUUUCUACUUGCUCUCUUAAGAGCAAAGUUGUAGCACACUUGACUUUAGUGGAAGCUUUAAUUCGCAAUGUUACUUUAAGUGCGUUAUAGUUGCACGCUCAGUUCGUCACUGUAAAAGUAUUCCGAUCCCAGAAUAGGGCUAAGCAUACCAGUUAAAGGUCGUUUUCAUGUAAAUCCGUAAGGCUUUUCUAAUGCUUUUUGCGAGUAAUUUAUGAGUACUUUGACAAAGAACGCUAAUUACCUUUUCUAGUAUUUAUUCUAUUUGUUUUCUUUCAACAACAAUACCUACCAAGCAUAUUACCGAACUUUUUUUCAAUAAGUAAUAUCGUUUUGCUUAUCGGUGGAUUAACAAAUCUUUCCGUUUAGGAAACUGAGCUUUAUUUUUAUUCCUUUUUUUUUUUUGGCCUUCCUUUUUCUCUUGUUUAGAAACUGUUAUAUGCGAAGCUGACAUCAUGGGAAACCAGAAAUGAAAAGUUGACAAGAGAAUUCUGUAACAGCUUACUACGUCAGCUGAAAGAGAAACAUCUUGAUCCAGUCCUCCAACGACUGCAGAGGAAAGAAGCUGCAAAAAUAUCUUUCGAUGAAGUCAUUGGUGGAUACAAUCAGAUGCAGGAGGAUUACAAGAAUUCUGCCAUAGGUGCCAAAGAUGUUAUUGCCGCGGUUUGGACAGAGUUUCAUCCGGUAAGAUUAAACGUUGAAAUUAGUCCAUUUCUUUCGAAUUGAGUACUGAUCGGCCAUCUGCUGAGUUAGAUUGGUUUGUCGGAGCGAAAACUGAAAAGACAUCCCCUCUAAGUCGCAAAUGAAGACAUCCGAUUAAAUGUCUAGGCUAUUAUUCCUUUCAGUGAACUUUUGUUCUGUUUUGUUUGGUUGCAGGCUCUUUUAAAAGAACAGGAACAAUCCUUAAAUUGGCUAGGACAACUCAAAGACUAUGAUGAGAAACUAGCCCAAGAAUUAGCAGCCAAGGCUUUACAAGAACAGAAGAAUCAAAAGCUUGAGGUUAAAAUUUUUUUUCUCACGCUGAUUUUUGGCUUUAGAAAACUUGAAUAAGCAAAAUAACUUUUAGACCUCGUCAUCUCUUUUUCCUUUGCACAACGGGCAAACGAAUAACAAGACUCUUUUUUAGUAUAAAUAUUUUAAUAUUUAGUUUUGCAUUUUUUAUUUGUUUGAGCUUAAACUUUAUUUUGUAGGAUGACAGAACUCGGUAUUUCUAACAAUCAUUUGUUUUUGGCGGGAAAAUGACGUUAUAGGAACAGCAAAAAUUGAUUUUCUACUUCUGACGUAAAAAGUAAGCAUUAAAUCCUACGCCAGUCACCGAGCCGUCUCCCAAUAUAUUUGAAUAACGCUCAAAGGUUGUGGUAUAUGGCUGACGACUUAUAUUCGGGUACACAGGGGAACUGAAAUGUUACAACCACGUGCAUUUUUCUCUGAUUUUUGGCAACAUAGCUAUUCUUACUAACUCGAGUAAGCGGAUUUCGAAAAUCAUUGUUGCCAAGCUCAAUUCUUUUGUUAAAGUGGUAUUUGGGGCAUUUCAUUAUGACCGUUUUGCCCAAAAAAGGAGUUUUCUUUCCUUUAACAAUUUUACGUUUACUAUAACCAGAGACGCUUUGAACUUGUGAUUAGUGUACUGUAAAGAUGAUUACGAAAAUUUCUGGCAGUUUUUAAGCUGUGUCUACUAAUAUUAAGCCGUCACUUAACACCUGACCACGCCCUUUGAAUAGUUGCGUUUUGAAAACGAAUGUAAUACUUGUAUUAACAGGAAGCUGCAAGUAAAAACAUGCAACCCUUUCAACAUCGUCCAUAACACGUGUUCUUAGCAAUUGUAAGACCUCUCUGUUCCUGCACCAAGCACUUUGGGGUAAAAGCGUUUAACGGCUAAUUCAAAGGGAGAAACUAAAGAAAAGACAGGGGGUGUUUAGGGGUGGCUAAAUGUGACUGGAAAAAGAUUUAAACGGCACUCCACGUGCAUGAGAUCUCCCUUUCCCUGUAGGAGAGAUACUGCCGAGCCGAGCUAACGGUGCACGAAUACUGACCUGUAUCACGAAAACUUCCUCAGCGCUUAGCAGAUGGGUUCUAUCUUACCACCUGGGUUCUCAUAUUGGUGCGUAGACAUCAACGAUGUCGUAUAACAUACACCACGAUGACCGCUUCAUCCAAAGACAGAGUGCCAGGGAGAGACAAAGGCAAGAUAAUAAAGCUGAAAAUGCACCACACUACAUAACUUCGGGAGUCUUCACUCAGACAAAAGAUCCUACCUGCGACUUGGGAAAUUGAGCAGUCUCUUGUCCAAGUUGUUAUAAGGUACAGACUCAGGUUGAAACGUUUGUGCAAUGUAAUGGAGGCUACUUUCUACAGACAGAACAGAAGAACAGGAUUACAAAGUUAAAAUUGGUACAACUAGUUUCAAGACAAGAGGGGUAAGACUAAUCUGUGGAACUGCAGACCGUUGAACCACGGAACUGGGGAACCGGCAGAACUUACGGAACCUAAAGAAAUGACUGUUUUCAUUACAACUGCCUUUGGCCAACGUGAUAAAAUGAUUAGGUAAAUCAAUUAUAACAUUGAUAGACUGUUCACAGUCCCCUAUUUCCUCGAAAGAUCGUCGAAAUCGAGCGCUCACUGGCAGUCAGUUUAGAAUUGGUUUCAAAUGUACCAAGGGGGCGGACCUCAGGGUUCCCAAACCGUCCCCCGCCCCCGAAGCAGUUCAAGCUUGACCCGGUCAAUAUAGCUUCCUGUAGCACGCUUACUCGACGAUUUUGUGAAAAAUGGGGUAUAACACCAUAGCAUUAAUCGAGAGCUCUGGUUCCGAACUGGAAGUCCACAAAUCGCGGAUUUCCGCCUUGUUAGUACGUAGGAAGGCAACGAGAGGUACAUAUUUAAGCACAGUAGCACAAGGUUGGGAGGAUGAGAGAAUAUAAUGUGAAUGUGUUUGUGAAAAAUAGAUGAUAUUGAGCGAAUGGCUCGGUGGUAUCUGAGAACUAGUGGGAUACGUGUGAGUGAGUCGGCUAUGGUUCGCUGGGUCAGCACGUUAGUGUGUGUGAUAGGUUGAACUCGUUGAAUUCCCUGGUACAGGAGACCGAGAUUGUAUCCACGUCUGUUACGGUAGUGUUACGUUAGUUCGUUAAAACGCAGUUCGAACGUCUCGUUGAAGGAACAUAUACCUCGCAUUCUCAGGGCAAGGCUGAAUGGAAAAGCUCUUUUAGUGUGUAAGGGGCAUAAACAGAAAUAAGUAGAUGCAUAAACAGAGAGAUAUUAAGUUGGGAUGGUAAAAAUUACAUUUCCCAAAAGUGACUAAGAUGGGGUCUAUAUUUGGCCACAGAAUGGAUUAUAAUCGGGAAGAGGUUCUGAGAGACCAGCGGCACAUACCCAGCAAAGAUUUAACACAAGUAACCCCUUCAUCACCCCCCCACUUUUUUUGAACGUAAAAGGUACUGAUGUUCGGCGGCUGUAGGUUUACUAUAAAGAACAGCUUCAAUAAUCGAUACCAUCAUUGAAGGGCACCUUGACGCAGAAAAAGGGGAAAGAUUUGAAUGAGCAGUUUGAUGUAAAUUUAUAGUGGGAUGAAGUUUCAGUUUAGGUAGGAGACGGAAUAAUACGUUUAUUGUGAAAAUGAAUUUGCGGAGAUCGCAAAGAUUCUGCCACAUGUAUGGUGAUGGCUGCAGAGCGGUCUGCCGUCACGAGAAGUGACGCCAGGCGCCAAUACCCACACUCAGUUUACUGUAUUUAAAUCUAUACCUUUUGUUUCCUUGCGACGACUACUAACACGCCGAACAAUAGCUCUAGAUCUCGACCAAUCAGCGGGCGAAUUAUUGAAAAAUAAUUGAUUGUAACUAAUUAUUUUAUCUCGUUGACCAAAGGCAGUUGUGGUAAAAACAGACAUUUCUUUAGGUUCCGCUGGUUCCACAGGGGUCGGCAGUUCCGCACAUUAGUCUUACCCAAAACAAGAGAAUUUUAUGCUGUCUGUUAGUGACAGUUUAUGAAUUCAAGAGCGAGGUAAAAAUACAAGCCAAAUUGAAGCAUGAGCUAAUACCAGUGCCACUGUCUCUCGCAGACAGAGAGGUUCCAUUGCAAGUGUUUCCUGCACUAAGCGGAUUUAGCACGGUUUCUCUCAGCCGAGCGUAUCGCGCAACCAGUCAGGUUGACACUGCAAUCGUUGUAUCUUGUGGUUGUUCAAAUUAGAAGCAAUUUUCUUUUAAGAUCCUAUCCUUGACGUAGCUGUUCGAAAUCCAGCCACGAAGAAGUCGAUAUGAAAUUUUGUUGUCUAUGUAAUCAUUCUUAACGAGGAUAUAAACGACGUGGUAGUCUCCUCUAAAGACACAGACGUCUCCACUAAGUACAUCCCCUGGCGCAACGCAAUAAGCUGAUAAGGAAUGGGUAUGGUAGGAACUUAGAAGCCAAAUUAGAUCCUUUUGCAAGAGAUCUCGGUAAAUCUUCCUCGUAACUUGUCAUGUUCAGGGGCGUAGCCAGCCCAUAGACCUGUAGGCCCCGGCCUACAAAUUUUUGGUUCGAUCAUUCUACCGCUUGUAUAAUAAAUUAUGCAUUGUUGGAGCGAGCUAAAAAGAUUAGGGGCUCAACGUAUUGCUGAGGUCAGUGCGUACUAGUCAUGUCACAGGUUGUGACAGCACCUCGUUUAUCUGUAAACAUUCAAAGAAUACUGUGAGGCCGCACUUUGUAUUUCCUCCUCUUUGGACGAGUCUCAACGUCCUCCGUGCUAACACCAUCGCACCUGCAGAUAGGUAUGUUUUUCCGUUAUGUAUGACGGAUCCAAGAGACCAACUGGACUUUGCUCGUUCCUUGCUAUUUGUCAAAUUCAGUAACCCAGAGAAGCUACGUGCUCUUUACGACGCGUUCAAGUAACACCUGAGAUGCCACUACCAAACCACGGUUUGACGCCAAGCACAGAUUCCAAAAGCGGAGCUUCCGAACCUUGAGGAGACAGGAUGAACGCUGAAGAUGAGGAUCUACUGGUCUCUAUUUUCAUGACCCUCGAUCCAAUCUUAGAGGCUUGUCUGGAGUGAGUUUUAAACUGGUUCGCCACUGGCUGUGCUGUAAAUGCUUAUCGUGUGCACUCGGCUGUGUGGAUGUAUUAAGGCCGACGCUAACUGCUGCAUCAACCGGCACUCGCUUAUGUGAAAAGCUUAAGUGAUGUUAACUUUUUAAGAGAGUUAAGAAAAUUCAUUCACAAUUCUUACAAUAUGGCAGACUGAAACCUUAGAGUAAGGAGCGACGUCCUGACAUGUUCUAUUCGUAAAUUUUACAUGAAUUCAACCAGUUACUAUCAUGAACCCGACAAAGUAAAUUGUGAAAUGACUUACAUUCAAAAAUACACAAAAAAAUACUAAAACUUAAUCUCCAGUCGUAACAAUAAACAUGUUUUUUCACCAAAAUAUCACAAUUAUACAAGGAGAGUACUUGGCACCUGGCCAUACCCAUGACAAGGUGAAUUUCUAUGAGAGGGCAAGGUCGAUGUUGACGUGACGGCUUAUUAUUUAUUAGAAAGCAUUGUAAAAACUGUCCGAAAUUCUCUUAACCAUCUUUACAGUACACUUACAGCAAUUUCAAAUCGUUUUUUGGUUAUAUUUAACUUAAAAUUGUUAAAGGAAAGAAAACUCCUUAUUUGGAUAAUGACGUCAUAAUGAAAUGCCUUAAAAUGCAUCUUUUCACAAAAAUUGAGCUUGGCAACAAUGAUUUUCGAAAUCAGCGUAUUCAAGUUAGUAAAAAUAGCUAUGUUGCCAAAAAUCAGACUAAAAUGCCCGUGGAUGUCACAUUUUGGUUUCCGACUAUUAAGAGGCGGUCUCAGUAAAAACCGCCAACUCAAUUUCGCAUGACCAGUAUUUUUGCCUUAAACUCUGGCGAGUGAAAGGCUUUAUCGAGAAUACAACUCAAAUAGCUUUUCUUUGAUUCACAAUUAUUUUCUGGCCGAGCUCGGGGGAACUGAGUAUUUUGUCCCGCCACGGCCAGUUUGCACGUCUCGAAAAUUGAAAAUUUGGCAUUUUCUGCAGCACUGUAAAAUAUUUGAUUUGCACCAUCUGCCAAUGCAUUUUACCCCUAUCUCUAGUUUUUCCUGAACGUAAUAGUUAUUCACUAAAUGUAGCCGAAAAGACGAAAUCAAGCAAAAUAUGACACCAGCUAAUUCCCUUGGAGCGAAAGGCUAAAAAUGACCAUAGUUUAAACGUUUAUUUCUGACCUAGUUGAAAGCCCUAGAUCAAAUAGACAACAAAAAAUAGAUCAUCCAUUAUUAAGAAUAUACGAAAACUCAUAUACGAUUUCAGUAUUUUAAAAGUUAUUCCCGUUUCUGUUAUAUCAACUUACCUGCAAGCUAAUAUAAUCUUUUCAGAUUUGGCGACUGACGGAUUUAUCUCAAGCAGAUUUUGUCAAAAGUACGGCUUACCUAAUUCAGUACUAACACUGACUCAUUAAUUGAGCCAUAUUCCAAUCUCUGAAAUGCCGGACUCCAUAAAAUUCCAGUAAAUGCGUCUUAGAAGCUGCUGGUUUGCGGCCAUAUUUGAAUCCCGCGUGCAAACAAUACGAGUUUCAAAACAGGUGAAACUCUUUCACAUUUUGAGCUAAAUAGCACGGUAAAACACCUGUACAGAGUUGAGAGUUUCGACAAUCAGAGAAUCAACUAAGUAGGUUUCAUUUUGGGUAAGAAAAUUGAGAUAAAAGAGCUACAACCUCGAGUAAGUUUUCUAUUCAACCGGCUCUACAAGGUUAAAUGUAAGUGAAACCCGGAAAUCCGGAAAAGCGCAUCAUUUGGAUACCAGCAAAUCCGAAAUCAAUCAGAAACCAAAGCCAGUCCCAAAAGUUAGAAGCAGCUGCAUUCGUUUAGGGCUUCUUUUCGACGCUGAGACACGUAAAGGUAAAACCUGCCAAAUGAGCAAACCUUAAACGAAGUGUCUCAGCGCCUUUCUUCGCCUUGUGGCAUCGGGUUAUGGUCAAUCUCUGAGAUGCCAAAUUCCAUAAAUUCCAGUAAAUGCGUAUUAGAAACUGCUGGUAAGCUGUCUAUUUGAAUCCCAUGCUAACAAUCCGAAGCUCAAACCAUGUGAAACUAUGUCGCGUUUCGAGAGAGAUAGCGCGGUAAGAAACAAAAUAAAUUAACUGUCCUGCGGAGAGAGUUUGUUCGAGAAUCAAACACCAGCCAAGCAGAUUUCGUUUUGGGUCAGACAGUCCAAAUUUAAGGGCAAAUGUAGGAAUAAUUUUUCCGCCAUUUUUCGGCGUUCUCCUAGUGUCACCAUUGGGUAUAUUGCAUGGGAGUUUCUUGCAACCGUUCCUACAUUCCAUGACUUUUACCUGCUUUCCUCAUGUUAUCCGCUAUCCGUGUUAUCCGUGAUACCGAGAGAAAAAUGUCCCCUUUGGAAUAAAUAGCUGUUUUAAUAAUAGUAAUAAUAAUAAUAAUAAUAAUAAUAAUAAUAGAGAGCGAGCGAGCGAAGCGAGUUUAUAAUCUCGUCACGCGCGAAGCGAACGCGCAGUACGUGAACCACGCGUGGUCUUAGCCAGCCGCAAAAUUCCAAAAUUGGAUGCCCUAUCUUUUGGUGUUCGCCAAUGACGUGAUGUGGGACAUAGACUUUGCCCCCGAUGACCAGGGCGCACUUUCAUGUUGUAUUCAUGAAGGACUGAUGUGUUUGUUCAUCGUCUGGAAUCAAUGUUUACGAUCGGCGAAUCACAAGUAACAGAACAGCAAGCACAACAAUUGGCUGGAAAUCCUCGCCGGCGAAUAUUUUCCACCGAAACUCCUCAGAGAGAAAAUCGCUUGACACAGCGAAGGCAACGUCGUCAACACAGCGACCACAAACACGUACAGAAGCAGCGAAAAAAUACUACAAUUACACUGCAAAUGAAACGGAUGAAUAGAGGGAACACCGACUGCCGACGCUUCAAAAGCGAUGAGGAGAUCAGGCAACGCUUAAAGUUAACUUUACAGUCCGAAAAAUUAUCUUCUUCUGUGCAACGAUAGGCAGCAACAGUCACAUGAUCUAUACAAUGCACGUGAAGAAUAUCUUUCUAACUCACCGAGGAGAGGCUAUCAGCCUUUACACCAUAAGCAUAAGGUUUUACAGUAAGCUUUAUUUUACAAUGAACAGAUGAUAACACCGAUAAUGUGUGACAUUUAGGGAAGCGUUACAUUUGUAAACAAAAUCCUUACUGAACAAAAUUUUCUUUUACAAUUUUCAUUACAUUUACUUACCCAAAACCAUCUCAAGUAAAAUUAUAUAUCUAUGUACAGCAGCCUUAUACGUAAACACAGCUGUGUCUUUUAAGUCAAGCGGAACAAAAAUUUAUUAUUGUUGGCCUCCUUUUUUCGAUCCUAUUUAAUAUUCGAAAAGAUAAGCAUCUUUAUUUCGGAUCUCCCCACAAUAUUAGUGUGUGACAUGUGUCAUCAUACCAGGAAAAUUAAUUCUUUUCCCCGUAAGGGCGUCUGUUUCUAGUACACGAAGUUUUGAUUGCAAUUGGCCAGGGAAGGUUUACAUUUGACUGUCAGUCUGGGAAUUUGAAAAACUGUCUCUGGCAACCAUGUCGCAACUUUGAUGCUCAUUCACGUUGAAAAUUCAGAAACUGAUCACCUUCAGCAUGACUUGUAUGUGAACAUUUCAUACAAAUUCACUCUUGCAUGGGUAUUUAUUUCUCAGCAUGUACACUAAUAACUAUGAACACUUUCAUAAAUGAUUUGGUACUUUUUACAGGGAUAAUUCAGUGCUAAUGAGGGUACCGCAUAUUCAAUGAUCAUGCUAUAAGCCAUAAUCAGUUUCAUAAUUCGCCCCAACAACAUCCUUAAUAACAUUGCUUCAUGUAAUUUCUAUUUUGUCUUAAUAUUUCCAGACCUUAGAUUUUUAACUUUCAUUUUUUGUAUAAUGUAUAUAUUUUUUAAGCUUUGUAACUAAUUUCUCUCGGUAUUUUAUUAUAUUUUUUAGCUUUUAGGUUCUACGUUAACCUGAUCAUCGUAAAGCGCUAUGAAAGAGUAGCUGAAUAGCGCUAUAUAAAUUACUAUUAUUAUUAUUACUAGGGUAUCUAAAAGAUAGUAAUGCUGCGGCACAUUCUGUUGAUACUGGCAUUAGUUACUUAGGCAGUGGGACUUAAAAGAAUCGAAAAUGACAUUGAAUGUCCUAUUUACAUGUUGGAAAGUACUAGAAUAAUUACUAUCAGUCUAUAGAAAGAACUCGUGGGAACGUUGUUUAAAAAAAUGAUCAAGUGGUUAUCAACUCUGGUUUUCCCACAGUAAAUUGUAGGAAAUGAUAGAAAUUCAGAUUGUUUAUCCAUAUAUUUUAUAUAGGGUGUACUAUCUUUUCUCUGGAAACAUGAUACUUUUCUUGCUGUUUAUUGCACUUUAUUAAGUAACAGUUAUUUAGCUAUAUAUUUAUAGAAAACAACAACACAAAAAACAGAAAAAAAAAGAAGGAAAAAAAGAGUACGAUAGGACUCGAACCCAGCACCAUCGGCUCGAUGCGACUACACCUCACCACUACACCACAGAGAAUGAUAACGUACUUUGGGAAAAGUCUUUAAUUUAAUUCCUUUUCCGUGAAACUUCCGCCAGCAAGAUGAUCGUCAGCCGCAUCAAUCGAGCUAUUAACAGCAAAAAAACAAUGUAAACGCAUAUUCCAUGGCAAUGAAUGAACGAAAGAACAUAAUUAUGCUUUUCAAAACGCCGAUACAAGACCUCGUCUGCAACGUAGGACACAAAACAUAUGUUUUGUUAUCUCGAUUUCAACUGGUAUUUUGAAGCGAAUGGUCAAAAUCACAUCCAUUUCCGGCUCAUACAGGUUCUUAAGAAUAGCAUGGCAUGACAUUUUCUCACUUUCACGUCACCUUCUAACAAGCUGGAAGUUGUAUAUCCCCCGUGUUGCCGAGUCGAAGAGCAAAUACUCAUCUUCUUGUCAGGUUUAACACCUGGAAGAGUCAAAGGCUCUUGAAUUGAAAUCCAAUCCCCAAGUUAACCAUCGUACUCAUCUGAAAGACUCCUGCCUGUCUUAAAUUUGGUAAGACCUCUAACCGUGCUGUAGAAAAUUUGCUACAAAGAAAACUCUGAAUCUGGGAAGCGAACGAUGCGAACUUCCCCGUGUUUUUAUUUGACUUGUUCUUGGCGCAAUGCACUUUGGUUAAAUGCAAUGCAUUGUGGUAAAAAGUGUGGUUAAAUGCAAUGCAUUGUGGUAAAAAGUGAUGAAUUCGAGAAUUCGUCGCCCCUUAUAUAUUUCCCUUAAAUCCUGAUUAUGUUGCUGCUCGCUCCCUACGGUCGCUCCGCAGCAAAAUUAUUAUUAUUAUUAUUUUCAGAGCUUAAAUCGUCACUGAUCAGUUUUGCUGGAUCAGAUUCCACUUCAACUUGACAGGGAGGGGAUAAACGAAAGAGAAAAUGACGAGAGGGGUGGGGGUCGAUUAUUCGAGGGAGGCGAUUAAUCGCGGCUAUUAUUCGAGAACAUAUGGUAUAUUAUCUCGCGAGGAAGUAUAACUCUGUGUGAAUUUCCGGUCGUAAAGGCGAGAAAAUCCCUUUUUUUUUGCUUUUGAAAACAGGUUGCAUUUUUAAAUAGCUAAAAACAAAGACGAGGUGUUUUCACUGUAUUUCCGGACUUUUUCGGCUUUAUCUAGUCAAAAUUGCAUGGCCUAGUGAAAACACAACCAUCGUGAAGACUAGAACUAAUAAACAUAGAAAUACAGAUAUAUCGGUUCGUGUGGUAGAAAUAAAAAAAAUACUGAAAUCGUACUUGGGUUUUGUAUAUUGCAAUAAUAGAUAUCUAUCUUUUUGUCUAUUUGGUCUAGAGCUUUCAGCUAGGUCCCAAACGUCAGAAAUUAGCUUUUAAACCAUCGUCAUUUCUGGCUUUCGCUCCAGGGGAAUUAGUUGAGGUGAUAUUUUUCUUAAUUUCCUCGUUUCAUUUAGUGAAUAACGUACCAUUACGUUACCAUUACUUCAUUUCGUGAAUAACGUACCAUUACGUUAAGGAAAAACUUGAGAUGUUUACCGGUAUAUUCGUUGGCAGAUGGUGUAAAUGAAUCACUUUGAAGUGCCGCAAAAAAAUGCCAAAUUUUCAGUUUUGAAGACAUGCCAACUGGCCGUGGCAGUACAACUACUCAGCGUCCCCCAGCGCGGCCAGAAAAUAAAGCCUUUCACUUGCAAGAGUUUCAGUGAAAAUUAUUUUUCACUCGAAACUGAGUGGGACAGCCUCUAAAAUAUUUAUCUGUUUUAUUUAACAGGAAGAACAAAAAAAAUUGGUUCAGAUGAGUCAGGAAAUGAAGAAAGAGGUUAGCCAAGCAUUUUGUUGGUACUAGGAGUAACUUAACGUAGGCCCUGGUCGAACGAUGUACUUUCCUUGUGCCGAACGCAAUUAAUUGACGUUAACUCAGAUGAGAAGUUCGGCGUUUGACCCCAAUAAUUCCGGCUGUUGUAUUUGGAUCGAUUGAAGCGUUCUUCAGGGCUGGAGUUUCGAGGUCAGGAUCAUUUCCGGGACUGAACAGAAUAGUAUGUUGAGUCUGUCUAAAUAUAAUCAGCCAAACCUAACAGGGUCAGAAGCCGCAUUCCACAUAAGUCCAACCCAAUCAAAUUUGCCAUGUCCCCGUCUUAGCAUUUAGAAGCUAUGCGUUAGUAAUUUAAGUGAAUCAAGCUGUCGGGUUUGGGACUCUGAUCUUACAGAUGGUCGAGAGCUUUUUGCCUCUUUUUAUCUUUUUUUUUGGCUUAUUCAUUGUAGAUGGAAAUGUUACGCAGAAAACAAAAAGAAGAGAGGCAGAAGGUUAAUGAGCAGUUGGAAAACGAGCGUACACUGCAACAGGAACAAAUGAAAAACAUGAUGGAAGCAAACAUGAAGAGUGCAAAACGCGAGAGAGAACUACUUGAACAGAAAAACCAGGAUCAUAUUGAAAGCUUGAAACGUCAAUACGAGGCUAAAGAAGCGAGACAUGCGAAAGAGAUGAAAGAUAUGCAAGAAAACUUGAAUUCGUUGAAGAAGGAGCUAGCCAAAUUUAAGGAACCAGGGUUUUUUGAGUACUAUUAUUCGGGGAGCAAGGAAUGGGCUGACAAAAAUUGCUUGAUAAUGUGACAAGUACCUCGGUCUCUCUUGUAAGGAUGGUGGAAGAAAGGUUUUUUUCUUAGCUUAGCAUUUUCCGAUUUUUUCUAUAUUCUUGUUGUCAUUGUUUCAUUCAAAUAUUGUGAACGACGAGUGAUAUCAACGAACGAAAGAAUAAUACAUCGUAGGUAAGGCAAUCGUAUAAUAACUUCAAG